AUGACUUCGCGGGCAUGGGUUGGUGACGAUCUUAACUCGGCCGUCUCUGAGCCGUCCGUUCCAGCGGUGGAGAGUGAGAGCUUGAGCUACUCUGAAUUCUUCCACCACCACUCAACACUCCACGAUGUUCUCGGGGCCAUACUGGCCGAGUUUUACGAGAAGCCACCGAUUGUUAACGAGACUACAGCCAUGCCCCCUUCCAAUUCGAAAGGCUCCAACCCGAACACGUUUCGUGCACCAGUUUUCAUCCGGAGAGUAAAUGAGGGAGAUUUUCAAUCUCUUCUUCGAUUCGACACGGCCCUGUUGCGAUGGAAAUCUCAAUUACCUGUGCACCUCAAGGUAACUCUGGGAGGAAAUAACGUGGAUAUGAAUGAUGGAGGCCGAUCGAGUUCGCUGAGCACCGACAUAACUCGACAACAAGCAGCAGUGCUGCACGCUCGCUAUUUGCAUAUUCGUAUCCUGCUCUUCCGACCCUUGCUCCUCAGAGCUCUGGCAGACUUCCGCAAACAGUCGCAGGAAGAAAGUGCAAUUGAAGAGAAAUCGACGUUGCACGAAAUGCUCUUGAUGCAGUCAUCUGUCUUGUGCAUUUCCGCCUCACAAGAGCUGAGCAAGAUGAUCACCGAAAAUCUCGGAAGAGAAUACACGCGGCUACCGGAGUGGUGGCAUGUCAUCUUCUGUGAGCCGCAUUUCUUCAGCGGAAGGUCUAUCAUACUGAGUCAACACAGAUUUAUAUACAUGUGCCACGGUGAUAUUAGCUAG